AUGGAUUAUUCUUCAGCUCCAGCGCACAAUGGUCAGAGACCUACCAUACCGUCGCAAAGCAGCAACGGUCGGAGUUAUCAGACGGCUCAGACGGGUCCACGGCAUGAUGCUGGACCGGCGCAGCAACAGCCCGCGACUGCGGUCCAGCAAAACGCUAUCCUCCCGCCCAUAGAUCCACGAGCGUUCGGCUUCAGCGAAGCGCAACUGUUGGCUAUGCUGAGCCACAUCCAAGCCCAGGCGCAGAGUGGCAUCGUGCCUCCUCCGCCGUUUGCGCCAUCCUUCCUCGGUACGAAUACAUUACCCAUCCUUCCGCCGCCGCCGCCUCCUCCGAUCCUGCCAUCCGUCGCGCCACCCCGCAACGUGCAGGCAAUCUCGUCCUCGUCGCCCCGUCAUGCUCAAACACAACCGCAGCCUCAGAGCUCGCAGGUUCUUGCACCCCGAGCUGCCCUGCCUGCGAACAACAGGGUUGCGGAGAUUAUGGAAGCAGAUAGGGAAGAAGGCGAAGCUCCAGGCUCCCAGAUCAUCCAGGCCACCAACGUAUGGCCAGUCAAGGGAGGUUUCACCGACGUAAUUCUGACAAACUGGAGUUCUCUUCGACCGGCCGAGGCCACGACCAGUAUGUACCCGAUCAGCGUCAUGAACAAACGCGACCAGAUCGAGGGGCGAGGCCUCUGCCCCGGCGAAACAGCUCUCUUCGCGAUAAUCCCAGUAUUCCUCCGGCCAGCCGAUCAGACAAUUCCGGUCCUCGUCACACAAACGGGAGUGCGGACACCAUCAAGCAAUGCGAACAAAGUUCGAUCAACAGAUGAGUCCGCUAUCUCAAAAACCCUUGCCAACCUUCAGCUUCUACUCUCGAACCCAGGAACUCCUGCACUCGACAAAAAUCAAGUGUGCCAAUCAGAGGAAGAGGUUCGCAAACAGGUCAAGAGCUUCAUUACGGCGUUGCAUCAGAGCAACAUCGGAUAUCCGAAUCUAGUCCAAGAGACUGAUCUCAGCCUCUCCGACGCGCAGCUACAACUGCUGCGCCAGCUAUAUGACGAGGCAAAACUCCCCUCACUAGCUCAAAUCCCCGAGGCCGCAACAAUAUCUGAUGAGAAGGUUCCAUCCCAGCCGACGGAUGCGCAACCGAAUCAAACUGUUCGUGGUCCGACAGAGGCCGCUCUUAGAAAGACUCCGACCGUGCCGCCUUCUCUCGACGCUUCAGCAAAGGUACCGCAGGUUACUGCACCGCCUCCUGCGUCGACCACUGUCACAGCAUUAGUGGGUACAGCCGCCUCCAAGCCUACCGUCUCUGCACAGUCGGGUGCAAGGGCUCCAGUUGGUCCUAUGAAACCUGCAACUGCAGGAACGAAACCGGCCAUGGACCGCCAAGAAUAUCUUGCGCGCCUCUUGGCGGCGAGAAGCGGUAAGUCUGCAUCAGGGACGAAAGCCGUAGCUCAGCCGGAUGCUCCAACCCUGCCGAGACAGGAGCUCAGUCCCCAGGCCGUACCUCCAGCCCAGCAAGCUUCUGCUUUGCCGGAGCAUGAAAACAGAGUGUCCUCUAAUGGCCCUAUUGCACCGCAAAGCAAUCUCGCUGGGCCAUUACCAUCGACGGCACUAGCAUCACCCCACGUGGAUGCGUUAGCCAUACAGAAGAAGAAAGCUCAGACGGAACUGGCUCGUCGAAGGAUGGAGGAAUUGGCUGCAAAGAAGAAGUUAGCUGCAAAUUUGGCUGCAACGGCUAAUCCCCUACCGCCGGCAAGCACGAGUAUUCCUGCAGAUACCGCUACCUCGCUGUGGACCUCUUCCGCGGCUGGUGCAACAGACUCGGUGUCGGCGACUGAAGAACCAUGUAGCCCCCCCACACCAUCUGUUACGGAUGCAACGACCGAGCCACCUACUGCAGUACAUUCGCCGCCUCGGUCGCCUCAGAUCCCAACUCCGGUUACAGUCGAACGCGCUCCGUCACAGUUUGGUAAGCCUUCGUUUCCGGUAAUUCCUGGCUUGUUCAUAGCCAACAAUGCUCCACUGCCCAUAAUGGCUACUCAACAGACGAGUGGUACCCCUAAUGUUUCAGCCACGGGUCUCGCCGUUUCCAACAAAGGCAGGAAGCGACCUGUUGCAUCAGACUUCGACGAUCUCGGCCCAGCUUCGUUGCUGGCCGCAUCUAAACGUCCUUUUGGGCAGGAGCGAUUCCACCAGAGCAAUGAAGCAUUGAUCAUUGAAGCCAGUGAUGACGAGACUGUUGAGAGUGCUAUGGACAUGGACGAAGAGGAAGAAAAGUCCGGUGCUGCGGCGACCACCAAUUCUAUGCUCACCACCAUUUCGGUUGUCAAGGCCACAAUGAAAGAAAGCACCCUUCGGAGCUCAGGACAGUUGACUAAUCUCUCUCUACCUCAAACGCCAAUUGUCCGGCCGGGCUCCGCCGUAUCCAACUCGGCUGUCAACACGCCUUCUGCGGAUCCUGAGCAUGUUAGGCGGAAAGAAGAAGAAAUAGCUGCUAUGAAGAAGAAAAUCGCGGAGCUUGAACAACGUCGGAAAGCCAAGGCACUUAGUGCUAGCCGAGGUCAGACACCUGGGACGCCAGCACCGGCAGCGGUUAUACCCUUAAUGUCGCACAAGCCACCUGCACGGCUUGAAGGCCAGGCAGGCAGCGCCUCAGCCUUAGUCGUCGAAUCUACUACCGCAACCGUUGCCAAUGACCCCCCAGAGCCGGUACCUGCUCGCCAGGAUCGUCAGAUCACUCCUACAGCGACUGCAAUACAGGAAAGGGCCGCCUCUAUCGAUCUGAACUCUCCAUCGAUGAGAACGCCCGACUGGCGGACCCGGCGGCGAGCUGAGAUAGAGUCGGGACAAGCCGCCUUGAAUGCUGAUAUUGCUAGCAAAAAAGCCAGGUUUGAGCAGCUGAAGCUCGAAAUGGAGCGCUACGAGCAAAUGAAACGUGAAAUGGAGCAGCUGGAAGCCGACACGCAGCGAGAGGAGCAGGACAAAGCCAAGUUGUUGGAGGAGCUCCAAGCACUUGAUGUCGAUACGGCUGGCCUAUCGCACCAGGAACUUCAGGCUAAGAAGGACGAAAUAGUUCAGCAGCGGAGUGAGGACGCUGCCACUGCUAGUCUGAUUGAUUCUCAAGAGACUCGGCAGUCCACUUCCGGAGUUCCGUCAGUUGCUGCGGAUGACUCGGCAGAGGAAGCCGCUGUUACCAGUGGUGCGCAUUCUGAUCGAUUCCCUGAGGAGACUAAGACCCACGCUAUCGAAGCUUCAGCAAUAGCACAGAACACUGAGGACGAAUCAAUUAGCGAAGGUCAAAUCGCCAAUUCGGACACUUUCGACGAUGUUAUGGACUUGUCGAGUGAAGCUGAUGGCGGCGAAGGUAACAUCAGUACGAAUUCGCCGCCGCGGGUCACUCAACCUGUGUCCAAAUUCUCAUCUGCAGAAGGAAGCUACAGUCCGGACGACCGAGCCAUCUCCGUUGCCCAGUUCGAGUCUGUAGAUGAGGAAAUGGCGGAUGAAGGUGAUCCUGUUCCGCUCACUUCAGAGCCAGAGGAAGGCAUGGCGGCGCAGCAGCCAACGACUGGCGAGUCUUCCAUCGCUGUUCCAACAAGCCUGGAGCGAUCAGGCUCUGUCUCGCAAGAGGAGGGCGAGAUGGACACAGAGAGCGAUACCUCAGACGAGCCCGAGGAGUACGAACCUCCAGACGCCGUUAUCGCGGAGCCGAAUGACGACUCGUCACUCAUCAGUUCUGACGACGACUUCUACGAACCCGCGGACGCCCCUCCAACAAUGCCCCCUGCCACCAAUUCCACUUUAGUGCACACUGUGGUUUCUACCAUUUCGGCUCAUCCGCCUGUCUCAGAUUCAGACACUCCGAGUAUCGCACUUGCUGACGAUCUAGCUUCUGAACUACAACCUGAACUGGAACAGGCCUAUUUUGCACCAUAUGAAAGCGCACUGAAGUCCUUCAAAGCCUACCGCUACCAUCCGCACUACUCCCAAGAUGUGUCCGGCGGCUUCCGCUCCUUGACUUACAGCCAUCAGAUUAAUGCUGAGAAGCCGCUAUGCAAGUACGAAGCAGCUGGAGGCGUCUGCAACGACCAACAGUGCCAAGACCAGCACUUCCGAAGCAUGCAGCUUAGUGAUGACAAAAUCCUCGUACAGCUCGGUACCACGAAUCCGGGCCGUACUCCCGAAGAAAAGCACCAGUGGACCGAGGGCUUGAAGCUUGUGCUCAAAGACCUGAGGCAGUUGAAUACGCGUGACCCGGACGUCGUCGCUACUGCUAUUGCCAAUUACCGCCGUCAGUUUCUGAAGGACCCCUCGAGGGUGCUCGUUUUGUGA